CGCUCGGCAUUUCCGGGACGCCGCGUGUCGUUCGCUCUCUCGAGAUGGAGGCCUUCGCCGUCCCUGCCGCGCCGAUGCUGCCGCUGAACCCGCAGGACGAUUUCCAGUUUCAAGAGGACGUGGUGCCGGUGCGCCGGCGGCGCGUCACCAAGCAGAAAAAGCAAGAGAGUCUUACUCGAGGAGUGAUCUUUGUGGGCCACCUACCUAAAGCAAUUUAUGAAAAUCAGAUCCAGGCUUAUUUCUCCCAGUUUGGCACUAUUACAAGAUUCAGACUGUCCAGAAGUAAAAGGACUGGAAAUAGCAGAGGCUAUGCGUUUGUGGAAUUUGAAUCUGAGGAGGUAGCCAAGAUAGUUGCCGACACCAUGGACAACUACCUUUUCGGUGGUAGAAUGCUAGUGUGUCGUUUUAUGCCACCAGAAAAAGUACACGAAGAACUUUUUAAAGAAUGGAAUAUUCCAUUUCGUAAUCCCACAUACCCAGCAGUGAAGCGCUAUAAUCAAGAAAGGGAUUUUGCACAAAAGAUGCGGAUGGAAGCACGGUUUAAAAGGAAAGAAACCUUACUCAGGAAGAAAUUAGCUGCAAAAGGAAUUGAUUAUAGCUUUCCUUCAUUGAUUAUAUCGAAGAGAAAGGGUUCAAGCAUGCCUAAGCAGAAGAAAAACAAAGUUGCUGCAGAAAGCACCCCUGAGAAGUCUGUGGAUAGCCAGGGCCCCACCCCAGUUUGUACACCAUUUUUGGAGAAACGAAAAUCAGAAGUGGCUGAACUGAGUGACAAAGAUGAUGAAAUCGUUUUUAAACAGCCUGUAUCCAGUGUGAAUGAAGAAAUAAAAGAGACUCCAACCCCUGCACAGUCAGGGAAAAAAAGACGAAGACGAAGAAAAAGCAAUCUAUGAUUCUGAAUGCAUUAUGCAUAAUCUUGUUAUAAGGGCUGUCUUGUAUAAUGUACAGUGAAAUGCCUAUUGAUGUGCGUUUGGGAGAAAAAAAAGAUAACUGUUUCUACUGGUUAAAAAAAAAAAAUGUGACCAGACUGUGCUGUGGAAUUAGAGGGGUACAUCCUAGCCUGCAGGAGGUGGGCUCACUUGGCCUGUCCAGCUCUCUUGUUUCUGACCACAUAGAGGGAUCACUGGUAACUUGGCAUGUGCGUGUAAACCGCAGCCUUCUUGUCAUCACCAGGGUGGUGGUCCCUGGCCAUUCUUACAGGCUGUGCCUCUUACCCAAAAAUAUUUCAAGCUUCUCAUACCAGGUAGCUAAAUAGAGACUAAUUAGAUGAAGAAUGAGAAGACAGUUCAGGGGUUAAUACAAAUGCAGAAUUGAAGUAUUUUCACUAAGAAUGUUAAAUUAGUUUCUGGGGGCUGGCAUGUAUCUGAUAUUAUCAUUCUGAGUCAUCUAUAGAAUUUGAGAUUUAAUAAGCCGCAAAUAGUUUUUCUAUAAAUUAUUCCUGUACAAGUAGGAACUUUGAAGAAUAAUGUCAAGUAUCCUACUCGCCUGUCAAGGUGUGUUUAUAUUUGCUCAUCAGGAUUCAUUAAAAUUUUAUUAUUUGUAAUGCA